UCACUGGACGGCACCAUGAACACUGCGCGCCGGUUGGACAAGAUAUUUGGGAGGAUAUACCAUUCCCAGACUGCGGUGAGGUUGCUCCCCACUUACACCUGGGGAUUGAAAUCGAAGACUAUGGUCCAGGACUUCACCAGAUCAAUGUCCAGCGCCCCUCCCGGAGACCCCACGGCAGACAGCUCUCGCUACGAACACCUUCUCGUCACUCUUCACGAAGGCGUCAGGACUAUCACCUUCAAUAGGCCUGAGAAAAAGAAUGCUCUUAAUGAGAAGCUGUUUGAAGAAAUUGUUGAUGCCUUGCAAGAGGCUGCAGAUGAUCCCAACACCAUCAUCACAGCAACAACAGGUUCUGGAAAUGUGUUCACGGCAGGGAACGAUCAGAGUAACUUCCGCACUUUGACCAUGGCUCAAAUAAGGGAUCUACUCAUCAGACAUAUGGGAGCGUUUGUUGAUUUUCCAAAGCCUCUUGUGGCUGUGGUCAAUGGAGCAGCUGUUGGUGCAGGCACGAGCUUGCUGCCACUUUACGAUGCUGUUUAUGCCACGGAAAGGGCUGUCUUUUUCACCCCCUUCUCCGCGCUGGGCAUCACUGCGGAAGGCUGCUCUACUUACACCUUCCCAAAGCUUAUGGGUCCAGGACAAGCUACGGAAAUGUUGUUGUUUAACAAAAAGUUUUCAGCUGCAGAAGCUUACAAGGUUGGUCUAGUAACUGAAGUCUUCCCAGAGGCAACAUUUCAGCAAGAAGUGCAACAGAGAUUACAGGCAAUGGCUAAGUUGCCUCUGAAGUCCCUUGUGUAUUCGAAGGCAUUAACUCGUGACAUUCACAAGGAAGCUCUACAUAAGGUGAAUGUUGCUGAAUGCCAACGCGUCACAGAGCGUUUAGUUGCCAUGGUCAUGCCUGACAAGGAAGGAUAUCAGGAAUUCGUCAUGAGUGAUUGUGACGGGAAAGCUUAAUGCAAGUCGCGUUCUUCAUUUAGCGGAGGUUUCAUUCCUUCUUAGUUUGUGUAUAAGUAAUUGCUAUAAAAUGUAUUUCUUAUAUUUUGUUAUUUAGGUGUUUUGAUUCACAGAUAGCUAGAAGUGUAAAUAAAUCUAUUUCUUGUA